UUAUUCCACCAGUUAAUGUUUUAUUUACAGACACCCAGUGCUGAUGAGGAAGUGAACUUGCAUUUUGUGACUUUUGUUGAAGUCGAUGAUAGCCUGUAUGAACUGGAUGGUCGUAAAGCUUUUCCAGUUAACCAUGGUCCAACUUCAAAGGAUACUCUGUUAAAGGAUGCUGCUGCUGUGUGCAGGAAGUUCAUAGAGCGGGAUCCUGAGAAUGUCAGAUUUAAUGUUGUGGCCCUGGCAGCAGCUGCUAACUGAAGGUCUGUUCUAGUCAGAUCUCAUAGCUCACCUGAAAUUAGGCUUAGUGUGGAUUUUGACUGAUUAUUCCUUCGUGCUGACAUCAUUGGAAUAUUGUGGCCUUUUUUUGGAUCUGUUCACUUCUUAAAAGCAGUUACCUAAACUUUCAGCUAAACUUACCUAUUUUGCUAUGGCACUGUUUUUGUAUGUCAUUGUAUUUACUCUUAACAGUUAAACUCUUGACACAUUGGUCAGUUUUUAUAAUAUAAAUUUUUUGUUAUUAAAUUCUAGAGGCAUUGCUCAUAUAGCCAAAGUCAUUUUAUGUGUUUAUUACUGGUUAUUUUAUUUGUACUUAAUAUUUUGAUAUGGAUUAAAAUGUUAAAUACUCAUUGUUAUAUUGUCAAACCCAAAUAUUUUCAAUGUUUAAAAUGAGUUACAAAACUUUCUAACAUCAGCUUUUCUCAUUAUCCUUGAAACUAAAUUAUUUUUAACUAAAUUCGCAUAAACCUAAAUAUUAAAUUUAGCAAAUAAGGGUUUUGUUGUUGGCUUACAUAGCUGUAGUGCAGAGAAACUACCUAUCACAAUAUAUCAGUACAUGGCUAAUUUUUAGCUUGCUUAUACCCUUAGUUUUGGAAGUUCGUAAGUAACCAAAGCAUUUAUAGGCUAUUUGAAUUACUUGUUGAAUGUUGUUUUUAACUUAUGUAACUUGUUUUAGCACAAUCCUUUAAUAUUUUGACAUUCCACGCCUCUGUAUCAGUAUUAAUUGUCUCAAUAAAGAACGCUGCUAA